GCAACAGGGCUUAAGGAACGAGCAAAGAUUCGGACCAUUGAACAUUUACCAGGUUUUUUUUUUUAAAUAAAACAUUUACAAGUUACCAGAAUCGGGAACCUUUCGGCUAGCUAGCUGGUUAGCUUGGUGGCUAAUCGGUGGCUUUGCUUCGUUAUGCUUCCUAAAUAUGUGACGGUCAUUUCAAACUGACGUUGAGGGAAAAAACAAAACAAUUAUAAAAUUUGACUACCUGAGGGGUUCAGUAGCUAUGAGAAUAAACACAUAACGCUUCAGUUCAUUUCAACUGUAUUUUUAGUAUUUCGCUAGGACACUCCCAUUCUAAUUAGCGUGCUAGCUUUCUUCGCUAAGCUUGGGCGUCGGGUUAGUUAUUUAGCUAGCUAAUUACGGGUGAUUUGCAUAUAUGUGUGUGUGUUCGCCGAAAUGAACGUGAUGUAUAGACAAGGAGGAAAAAAAUAAAAACAAGUCGAACACGGACAAACACAACGACUGAAUACUGCACUCGCAUUAGAGGAGUAAAUGAUCAGGACCUAUUACACCUCCCCUGAAGUUUCCAGCAUGAGGCUUCCCUGAAACUUCUCUAUGGGGAUAAAGACGUUGAAUAAUUUAAAGUGUAUUCAUUGAGAUUGGACAAUUGUGAGAUCUAGAGAACAUGCCUCCACGGCCAUCGUCCGGAGAAUUAUGGGGCAUCCAUCUGAUGCCCCCCAGGAUUUUGGUGGACUGUCUACUGCCCAAUGGCAUGAUCCUGACCCUGGAGUGCCUCCGUGAGGCCACACUUGUCACCAUCAAACAUGAACUGUUUAAGGAAGCACGAAAGUUCCCGCUCCAUCACUUGUUGCAAGAGGAAGCCUCAUACAUCUUCGUCAGCGUAACGCAGGAAGCCGAGCGGGAAGAGUUUUAUGACGAGACCAGAAGACUCUGUGAUCUCAGGCUCUUCCAGCCUUUCUUAAAAGUCAUCGAACCUGUAGGCAACAGAGAGGAGAAAAUUCUCAACCGGGAAAUCGGUUUUGCCAUUGGAAUGCCUGUAUGCGAAUUCGAUCUAGUGAAGGAUCCCGAAGUGCAGGACUUCAGGCGAAAUAUACUUAAUGUCUGCAAAGACUCAGUAGAACUCAGAGACUCAAACGGGCCGCACAGUCGAGCAUUAUAUGUUUACCCUCCCAACGUGGAGUCUUCACCAGAGCUUCCAAAGCACAUUUUUGGCAAAUUAGACAAAGGUCAGAUUAUCGUGGUCAUCUGGGUUAUUGUCUCGCCCAACAAUGACAAGCAGAAGUAUACAUUGAAGAUCAACCACGACUGUGUCCCCGAGCAGGUGAUAGCAGAAGCCAUCAGGAAAAAAACCCGCAGUAUGCUGUUGUCAGCUGAGCAGCUGAAGAUGUGUGUGCAGGAAUACCAGGGCAAGUACAUCCUCAAAGUGUGUGGCUGUGACGAGUACCUGCUGGAAAAGUACCCCAUCAGUCAGUAUAAGUAUGUGAGGAGUUGCAUUAUGCUGGGCCGAAUGCCAAACCUAAUGCUGAUGUCCAAAGAUAGCUUAUACUCUCAGCUGCCCAUGGACACAUUCACCAUGCCCUCGUACUCGCGCCGCAUCUCCACGGCCACACCGUACAUGAACGGGGAAGCCUCCAGCAAAUCCUUGUGGACCAUCACCAGCAACCUAAGAAUACGUGUACUCUGUGCAACAUACGUCAAUGUAAACAUCCGGGACAUUGAUAAGAUUUAUGUCCGUACAGGGAUCUACCAUGGAGGAGAACAGUUAUGUGACAAUGUCAACACACAGCGUGUGCCCUGUUCAAACCCAAGGUGGAAUGAGUGGCUUAUGUAUGACAUGUACAUUCAUGACAUUCCUCGAGCUGCUCGUCUUUGUCUGUCCAUCUGCUCUGUCAAGGGGAGGAAGGGAGCAAAAGAGGAACACUGUCCACUGGCUUGGGGAAAUGUAAACCUCUUUGACUACACACAUACACUGGUCUCUGGGAAAAUGGCACUGAACCUGUGGCCGGUGCCACAUGGCCUAGAGGAUCUGCUAAACCCCAUUGGCGUCACAGGCUCCAACCCCAACAAGGAAACCCCAUGUCUCGAGUUAGAAUUUGACUACUUCAGCUGUCCUGUGAAGUUCCCUGACAAAGCCACAAUAGAGGAUCAUGCUAUUAAAAUGCUGUCCAGGGAAACGGGAUAUAAUUACUUUCAAUCUGGACAGAGCAACAGACAGGUUCGAGACCACCACAUAGUGGAGAGUGAUCUUGAGCAGCUGCGGCAAAUAGCAAACAGAGACCCACUUUCUGAGAUCACUGAGCAAGAAAAGGACUUCCUGUGGAGGCACAGGCAAUACUGUAAAGCUAUACCAGAGAUUCUUCCUAAGAUUCUCCUUGCUGUAAAGUGGAACGCCAGAGAUGAAGUCGCACAGAUGUAUUGCCUUCUUAAAGGCUGGCCACAAAUAAAACCAGAACAAGCCAUGGAGUUACUUGACUGCAACUAUCCAGAUCCGAUGAUUCGAGAAUUUGCAGUACAGUGCCUUGAGAAAUAUUUGACCGAUGAUAAACUCUCACAAUACCUUAUUCAGUUGGUCCAGGUUUUGAAGUAUGAGCAGUAUCUUGAUAACCCAUUGGUGCGAUUUCUGCUGAAGAGGGCCCUGACCAACCAGAGGAUUGGACAUUUCUUUUUUUGGCAUUUGAAGUCAGAGAUGCACAACAAGACAGUGAGUCAGCGUUUUGGUCUGCUGCUGGAGUCAUACUGCCGAGCCUGCGGUAUGUAUCUGAAGCACUUGAGCAGACAGGUGGAAGCCAUGGAGAAACUCAUCAACCUCACAGACAUACUCAAGCAGGAGAAGAAGGAUGAGACUCAGAAGGUGCAGAUGAAGUUUCUGGUGGAGCAGAUGAGGAGGCCGGAUUAUAUGGAUGCCCUUCAAAACUUUACCUCUCCAUUGAAUCCAGCCCACCAGCUAGGCAACCUGCGGCUUGAAGAAUGCAGAAUAAUGUCAUCAGCCAAGAGGCCGUUGUGGCUUAAUUGGGAAAACCCUGAUAUCAUGUCAGAGCUUCUCUUCCAGAACAAUGAGAUCAUCUUUAAGAAUGGGGAUGACCUGAGGCAAGAUAUGCUGACACUGCAAAUCAUUAAAAUAAUGGAGAACAUCUGGCAGAACCAGGGGUUAGACCUCAGAAUGCUUCCUUAUGGCUGCCUGUCCAUUGGAGACUGUGUGGGCCUUAUUGAAGUUGUGAGGAGUUCUCAUACCAUCAUGCAAAUCCAGUGUAAAGGUGGUCUCAAAGGAGCAUUGCAGUUUAAUAGCUCCACCCUGCACCAGUGGCUGAAGGACAAGAACAAGGGCGAGAUGUAUGACUUGGCCAUUGACCUGUUCACUCGAUCCUGUGCUGGUUAUUGCGUAGCCACUUUUAUUCUGGGCAUUGGUGACCGACACAACAGUAACAUCAUGGUAAAGGAAGAUGGACAGCUGUUUCACAUAGAUUUUGGUCACUUCCUGGAUCAUAAAAAGAAGAAGUUUGGCUACAAGAGAGAGCGAGUACCAUUUGUCUUAACUCAAGACUUCUUGAUUGUGAUUAGCAAGGGAGGAACACAAGAAUGCACUAAAACAAGGGAGUUUGAAAGGUUUCAGGAGAUGUGCUACAAGGCAUACCUGGCUAUCCGACAGCAUGCCAACCUCUUUAUCAACCUGUUCUCAAUGAUGCUGGGCUCCGGCAUGCCAGAGUUGCAAUCGUUUGAUGACAUUGCCUACAUCCGCAAAACUCUGGCACUAGAUAAGACUGAGCAGGAGGCUCUGGACUACUUCAUGAAGCAGAUGAACGAUGCUCACCAUGGUGGAUGGACCACAAAGAUGGACUGGAUCUUCCACACCAUUCGACACCACGCCCAGAACUGAUCUGGAGCCCAUGUGAACUAAGACAGGACCCCUUGCCCGGAACCUACUGGCAUAUCUUUGCUAGUAGAAACAUGGCAACCAGACCUCAAAGUUGGGUAAAAUGUGCCCCCAACUGACCUUCAGAGCACUAAACAAUCCAAAAUAUUUUUCUUCUGUUUCAAUCUCCUUUCUGGCAUCCAUACAGAAGAAUACUAACCCUAACCUUUGUCCAGAAUGGUUGUACAUUGUUGCCUGUAGUUUUGUACUGAUGUCCUUUUUUUUUUGUUUUUUGGUUUGUUCUUGCUGCUCUUUUCCUGGAGAGACCAUGGUUAUUUGACUUUAUUUUAUUUCAGAUUUUCUUUUGAGAAAAAAUAACAGGAAGCGUUCUUUAUUUUUUAGAGCGCUCUGGAUUACUCAUGUCUUCCUCCAAGUACAAAUGCCUUUAAAUAUGCAUGAAACCUCUGAGGAACUCGUAGAUUAAACAGGGUAGAAAUUUUGGUUGUUCGGUCUGCGUCCUGAAGGAUGGUUUCUGUAGCAAAUGCAGAGAAUUUGGCAUUUCCCAUAGUCUUGCAGAAAUACUUGGCUCUUGGAAACUAUUGCCCUUGAUCACUACGAAGGUUAUGUUUCUCCACCUCCUUCACCACCAUAGAAUAAUGCUGAGAUAAAGUACGUUUGGAGUUUGGACAGAAGGUGUAAUAAUUUUUUGUCCUAAUUAUGAAUUUAAAUGAGGAAUGUUUCAUCUUGUCACACACAAGCUUAAGCAAUCCAACACUAACUAAACAGAUUUGUUGUGCAAUCGGUCCAAAGGCUACACAGUGGCUCUCGCUGGCCAUGCGGUUUCAUUGCUCUGUCAUGAUUAUAAAGAACCAUAAUGUGACUCAACAUAGGAAAAAGCAAACCUAUCCUCCUCAGUGUGACAAUUAUGUAGAAUUUCCUUUCACAUACCUUUCCCCCCCCCCAGACCAGCACAGGUGAAGAUAUGUGACUGAGGUGAAGCCUUAAUGGAACUUGAUGCUUUGUGGCUGAAUGCAUAACCCUCCUCAUGCGUACUGCAUGCAGCAGUAGAGGCUAACCAGGUGCUUAGUAUAACUGGUUUUGUGAACACUUUACUUUCAGAAGAGUUGCUCUAUUUUCCACUAGCAUUAACCAGACAGGUUCAUUUAUUGUCUGCACUUGUCCUCACUUUCAUUGUGUUACACAGCUAUAUGGUUCUGUAAGAAAUGAAGAAUGGUGCUAAAUAGAUUCCACUGUAUAGAAAGGGAAUAAACUCUGGACGAAAUGGAUGUUUAAUGCUCAAGUGGCUUUGAUCGCUGAGAAUGGUUCAGCCGCUAACGUUCGCUCUACCAUUUACACUAUAAUUACACUCUACGGUAGUACAUGUCUGUAUUGUAUAUAAUCUUCAACAUGCUGUUCGAUGCUUCUUAUCUCUCCUCAUUAUGGAUUUUAUGGAGUACGCUGCAGUUUAAUCAGGGGUAGGGUGGGGGUACUUUAUGAUGUAACAUUGGCAAAUCCCAUGCAAAAUCUGUCAAAGCGUUUCCCCAGAGCAGCUUCAGCUUUUGUGUAAAAUGUCUUGUGUGUGUGUGGGGGGGGGGGGGAAUCAGGAGCGGCACUUAUUUUGGGGCACAUGGCAAGUGCCCUGACAUGCAUCCGGUUAACAAUUAACCAUGUGGAUUCACGUCCAUAACAAAACUGGUUUUGCUUGACAAAAUGCUGAGGUUCAACCAUUAAAGCUAAACCAAUCGGUUUCCAUAUGAAUGAUGAUAUGUAUACGUCCACAAUAAUUUUGCUUUGGCUUUACGUUUGUAUUGGAACCACAACGACGACUCCAUCACGACCUGUUAAUCCGACCUCUGUAGCUGUGGAGAAAGCCUGUUGUGUAUUGCAUUAAUUUUAAGCUGUGAAAAUGAGGUGCAAUCGUUAUAUCUGUACGGAUUGUAUAUCUGCUGGCGGGGAGGAUAGCUUGUGCUCGAGAAUUUGCUCAAAACUACACUACUUAAAAGAAGCUUCAGUAUAUUUAGCCUUAUUUUUUUGUUUUCCUUCCGUUUUUUAAUUUUAAUUAUUUUAAAUUCUGUUCAUUCAAGCCAAAGUUCUGUCUACGUGUCAUGAUGUUCACCUACAUGAUCACCUGAAGCAUUAAAAGAGCCGGUCUUUGUUUUUGGACAGCUCAGAGUUGAAUGAAGAUGGAGUUAUCAUCAGAAGUCUGAAGGACACUUUUUUUUUUUUUUUUUUUUUGGGUACUGUCACAGAAGUAUAAUGCUAGCAUGAGAAGGUUCUACCCAUCAAAUUCAAGAUUAGGCCACACAAUUUUUGCUUUUUUUUUUUUUUUUUUGUUAACUGCAAAGACCACAGUCAUGUUUUUAUUUCUUCCUACAUUCUGUACAAUUCUGUUUGUUCAAUCUUAUACCAACUUGUAUUAAUACAAAGAAAAGGAAGGCAUCUUUAUGUUUGUCCUCGAUAUAAUUUAUUAUACCUAUCCUGAAGUGAGAUGGCAUUGUGGUAUUCCAGUUUUCUUAUUCAUCGAUGUGCUGAGUUCAAGGUUUCAUUUUUUUUUUUUUUUUUAAAAUGUCAAUGUGAUUCUUAUAUGCAGUAAAAACUAAUGAACAGGUAUACAGACAUCAACUGA